UCGCGCCAUACAAUCCGUCCAUCCGCCUGCAUGGACAACAAACCAAAAGUAAACAACAAACCAAUUCAAGCAACCAUUUUUCAUUUUUGCAUUUUCAAAUACCAUUCAGACUUUGAGACAUACGGACGUCAAACAGGUAGCGCGCAAUGUGAAUAAAAGAAAAUAACAAAAGAAGAAACAAAAAUAAACGUAACAAAAAAAAAACUAGUUAACGCAUAUUAAAAAAAUAACUCAAUGCAAUAUGUAAAUAGAAAACACGGAAAUAGAAAUAAAGCAACGUUUAAAAAUAGAAAAAUAAAGAAUUAAAAAUAACGCAUAAUCAGAGAAUCAUUUUAUAUGUUAUGAUGUGAAAUUUUAUGAAGAAAUAUUAAAUCUUCUUCUUGGAAAAAAAAUAUUUCACAUAUGUACAGCAAAAAGCAAAAAUAUAAAAAAUCAAAAACACCAACAACAAAGUGCAAUAUAUAUUCUGGUACAAAGUGUAUUUGUGUAUAAAUUUCAAAUAAUCAUGCAGUGAAUCUUUUUAAUGGUCCAUCAUAAAACAAACAAGCCGGCUCAUUGGAUAUAAAUCACAACAACAACAGCAGCAACAAAUUUUAGAUACAAAAAAUUUCGAAAUAUCAUAAAACUGAACACUUUUUUCGUUUAUUUGGAAAAAAGUGCCAAAAUUCAGUUUAUUUUUCCUGCUCAUACUGUAGCUCUUAAAAACGGAAACAACAAGUUUUGGCAAAAAUUUUUGAAAUACAAAAUAAAAAAUUUUGCAUUAAAACGAAACGAAAAAAAAAAAAUAACAACGAAGAGGCCUCCCCCCAACAAAAAAGAGAUCAAAACAAGUAUUGAGAGAUUGUGAUAUAUACAAAAAAGUUAAAUUAAAAAUAAAUUAAAAUUUCCAUUUAAAUUUGUGUGUGUAUGUGUGAUUGCGUCAAUUACUUGGAAAUUUUAUGAGGCUGAGUUUUGAACUGGUAUUAAUUUUCAAGAAUUGAAUUUUAUGUGGUACCAAUGCAAAAAAAGUGAUUUAAAAACCUGUUUUGAAAUUUAUAACACUACUAUCAAAUAAGAGUUAUAAAAAAAUUAAAUUGAAAAAAAAAAACAAACUCAAAAUUGUGAUUGGUUUAAUAAAAAUUAAAAUACAAUUGUCGAAAUAAUCAGCUUUACUACUUUGAGAUAAAAUUUAAAAAAAAGUAAAAAUAACUUAAAAAAUAGAUAUCUAUUCCAAAAACAAAUUAUUCAAAUGAAAAGUAUUACUAAAAUUACUAAAGAAAUCUAAAGGAAAAUUUUCAAUAUUCUCAAUUGGAGCAAAACAGACAGAAAUAAAUUAUGCAUGCCACAACAAAAUUCAAAGAAAACUGAAUGCAUAUUCUCAAUAUUAAAGUGAAAAUUAAAUAGAGCCGAACAUUGUAAAAACAAAAAACAGAAAAAAUAGCAAGAAUUAAAAAAGAAAACAAUAACAAAAACCAUCAAAAGUAUUGCAAAUAGCCAAUUGCCAAAGCAAACUUCGUUCAUUAUUAAAUUUUGCUAAAUGCCGGCCACAACGCAAUGCAGGUUUGAGGCCUCUGCAGUUAAUUUGUCUUAAUUAACACACAUUGGAAACAGAAACAAAAUACCAGCAGCUCCAUCUACCAUUACCACCUGUAUAUGCAGUGGCAACAACACCCACCACAUUGUAUGUUGGACCCUUUUGCCACAAAAGCACAGACACAUACACACAGAAACAUACAUCAACAACGUCAUCAACAAACAUCAGCAACAACACCAUCAUCAUCGUCUCAUCAACGUUUUUGUGUUAAUGUUUUAAUUUAUUUCAACUCAAUUUUUGUUGAAGUGUUUAUUUAAACAACGCCACACCACACCAUACCACAAAGAGCAACAACAACACCAACAACCAAGAAAUACCACCCAGCUAAUGAAAAACUUGUUAAUUGUUGCAAAUAUUUUAUUAUCAUCAUCAUCAUCAUGUAUCUAAUACAGACUGUCCAAUCAUCCUGGCGACCACAACUGCCUCUGCCAAAAGAACUACAACUUUCAAAUGAAAACAUCAGUGAACUACAGCAACAUCCACAGGAACCGUCGCAUCCAUACCAACAACUACAAUUGCAACAACAACAACACCAACAAAAACAAAACAAUUUCUAUCCACACCAGCAACAACAAUACGACGUCAACGAUCUUGACGAAAUACAAAUCAUUGAAAGCGACAUGGAUCGUUUUCACAUGAGCAGUAAAAAGGAUCCUUCGUUAAAUGGCUCACAGCUGUCGAAUGCCAGUCACAACAACAACAGCAAUUCGAAAAAAUGGUCCUUCGGUCGAUUCUUUCGUCGAAAUAAAAAAGAAAUUGAAUCCGAGUCAUCAUCGGAAGAUGAUCGCAAAGCUGGGUUUUCGCCAGCCCAUAAAUAUCCGCGUUCAAGUUCAGCUGCCACCUCAACGCCAAAUAAAAAAUCCAAGUCCAAGGCAGCAGCCAAUAGUACGGCAGCAAAUCGUAAUAGUCGAGCGGGAGGAUUCGAUCACAUUGUUGUCAGCCCCAUAUCAGGCAACUCAUCAUCGACUGUUACCUCUCCGGUAAUUGGACACAUAGACAAUGAAUUCUUUCUGCCCGUGGAAACGGUGUCGCCCAUGGGCUCUCAGGAGCCAUUCUAUCAAAAUCAAACCCAGCGUUUGCAUCACUCUCAACAGUACCUGUCGCAUGCACCACAAACGCAACAACAGCUGCUGAGUAAAUCGGCUCAUUCUCUGGAUCGUCGAGCAUCGCGUGCCAAGCAACGUUCGGCCGCGAAGGCUGCGGGACAUAGUCCACAAGUAGUGCCAGGCUCAUCGAGCGAAGAGGAACUCAUAUCCCUGAACUCUUCCACUUUUUCAAAAUAUCGCAGUGAUGAGAGCAUUCACAGUGGUGGCCAGGGACACAAUGGUUCCGGCAUGAGCCGUAAGAGCAGGGCUGCGCGUAAUGAACGUUACUACAAGCGACUCUCACGCGAUGGAGAGGUUAGCCAUGGCCAGGUGCCGGUUAUGCUUGCCCAGCAACCCACGCAGCGGUGGAAAACCCAACCGGUUCCAUUAUCGAUUUAUCAACCAACCUCAACGGCUCGCCAACAUCCUGAGCCUCAGCUGCGAUCAUCCGUAGAUAAUGCCUCCAUUUCCAAGCUGCGUAAUACCAGCAGCCUACAGCAUAUGGCGCCCUAUGUGCAAUGGAACCCCCAGCAGUUGCAACAGCGUGCGCAACAACAACAACCCUCGAAAAAUUUACAAAAUUCGGUAAAUGAAGCCAAGCGUAGCAUUAGCUAUGACAGCCAUAUCCAUUUGCAAAAUAUCAAUGGGCGGAUGCAAACUAAGCCAUUGCCCCCUCCACCACCACCAAGGGAUCCACUGCGCCGAGUGAAUGUGGGAAGUGGUCACUUACAGGAGGGCAGCUCCAGUGAUUUGAGACCAAUUUCAUAUGCCUUCGAUCAGACGGGGGUACCCGUGCUGCCAGCCUCAGGUCUGAGUGGUCGUUGUGUCUCGGAUGACAAGAUCUGGGCCCAACAUCAGCCACAGUAUCAGUCGAUACGUUCCCUGAAUAUUUCAGCAAAUCAGGGCAAUCAAUCAGGCAUGCAGCCUCAAAAUCGCCGCUUCAUUACCCGGGCCGAUCGUGAUGCCCAUCCUGGCAAGAAAUCAUUGCCAAAUGGUUUGGAUUUCCAUUAUGUGGCCGAUGCCACGCCGCGAUCCCGUAAACCCAUUCACAUGCUAGAAGCGGGCAAUAAAACCGCACCUUAUGGCGAUGAGGGCGAAGAACAGCCUCCUUCUUCGGGUAUUUUGCGCACCACCAAAAGUGGUCUGCCCACAUCACCGACCAAAGUCAAUGCCACUGAAUUUUGGAAACGCAUGGAUGGUUCUAGCCAAAAUCUGGUUACACCCACUCCCGCGCCCAGGGGAAGGGAUGUGCAGAGGUCUAGCGUUGAUAGCGCUGCUGGUAUUAACAUGAAACCCAGAUCCGUUUCGUCUUCUAGGCUCAGCGAGAUGAGAGCCUAUCCCAUGCCCAUGUAUUCGGAAGUAUAUAAACCGAACAAGACAAAGACAUCACCUCAGCCGCGGGCUGCCUCACCUCAUCCCCAUCAGGGUCAGGAUGAAGUGGACGGUGUGGUGUGCGGCAGUUUGCGUAUCAAACCAGCCCAGGACAAUAGCAGCAGCAAUUAUGUUGAGAUACGCAACAAAGAUAUGCCAAAGUCGCAUUCAAUGCCGGACCAUUACCACCGACGCUCGGGUGAAUUGAGUGUUGCACCCAACAAGUAUGAGGAAUAUGUCAAUGAACGCAGGGAACAGCAUCAGAACGCCCCACAGCCACCACAGAGAAAAUUGGUGGGCGUACCCAAUAUACCGCAACUUAGUUUCCCACGCAAGAAACCGGCCAACUUGGAAGAGGCCAUAAAUGAAUUGGAAGCUAUUUAUCGCUCCCUGGGGCUAACUGAGCCAGAGGCCACGGAAACGGUGCCAGGACCAAUAACGAAAAAAGACCGUGUUCCUACACCAAAUGACUUUGAGAAAUAUGCCCUGGCCCAUGCCGAUGAGUACGACGAUGACGAUGAUUCUCCCACCGGAGAACCGGAUCCCAUACGGGACGAUGUGGCCUAUCGCAAUAUUAAACUGGCCAAUUUGCAACACAAGACCGUGGAGAAACAGCCACCCUUUGGUAUACCCAUAGGACCCAUUGUGCCAGCUUCUCAAACCGAUUAUUUGCAUGUCAAGCCCAACAACCAGGUAGAAUUUCUAAAGAAGGACACCAAGGCCCCAGAUGUAAUCAAGGACGAUUUGGCUGUAAGGGCCUUGCGCAAAGAUCCCUUGCAGCCGAAGGAGCGUUUCCAAUAUCCCUCAAGUGUGCUGCCAAAGAAAAAUCGUGCCACUCGCACCCAAUCGGCCAAUAUUUAUGCUCUCAUUCAACGCGAUGCCGCCAAGCCUUCGGGUGGAGAUUUAUAUUCGUACAUGGAGUUAACAAAGAGCAUAGAUCGCUCAGGCAGCAUGUCUGAUUUACACAAAAAGGGCCAAGAGGCAGAUGAUAUACCGUCCACUUUGAAACUAUUGCAAAGCCUUAAGGAACAGGAAAAUGAACAAAAUACGGUGGCAGUAUGUUCGAAGAAGUCUCACAUACCCUUCCGCCACCCUAGUCAGGGUGGGGCCAUAUGUCAAUUGCCACAGAAACUGAGCACUGGGGCAGAGGAAAAUAAAACCCUUGUGGUCCAGCACCAGAAACCCACACCAAUGCCAAGGAAAUCCCUGACCCCAGAACCGCAACAGGGCGAAACAAAUAAAAUGGAAGAGGCACUCAAUAAAAUUGCCCAAGAUGCCCAAGAGAGUAGCAUCAAGUUGAGCCAAGAGCUACAGGAGUUGCGCAAGGAGGCCUUGAUUACCCAGUCGAAGCCGAAGCGCCAAGAUUCCCACGACGACAAAUUCGAGCAAGAUUUACAGGAAAUCGAAAAGGUCUCCCAGGCGGCCAAGAAAUGUGGCAAACUAUUGUUGGAAACUUUGCCUGAUAGUGUUGAAGUGGCGCCCAACGAAAAGGCUCCAAGAAAACUGCACAAAGAAGAUAAACUCAUACAGGCCAUCGAUCAGGUAUCGGAGGCCGCCAAUAAGGUGUGUGAGAAGAUACUCAAAGACAUUGUGACCACCGAACCACCUGUUGUAGUACAAGAAGCUGUUCAAGUAAAGCAAACCCAGCAGCAACAACCACCAUCACCAGCCGUCAAUCCAAGCAAAAAGGAUACUACCUCGUCGUUGGUAAUACCAACACUAAUAAAAAAACUGGAUCCCAUACAAUCGGAUAAGAUUGAGGCAAUUGCCCGACGUUGUAUGCGCCAGCUAAGCGAUCUGGCUGACAAUCACGACUAUGACAAUCUCAAUCAGCCCGAAAUAUCGGUGGCCUCAACCUGUAAUUUGGAAGCUAGCAAUUCUAAUAAAGUUCAAAGUCCCAAUGAUUUGUCAACUUCUACUCUUACAGAAACGCCAAAAGCUUUUGUGGCCAGCAAGCCACAAGAGCCGAUGAUCGAAGACAUUGAUCAGAUAAUGAGAGAAUGCGAAGAUCAGGCACGCAAGCAAGAGAUGGCCAAAACCACCAGCACCACAACGGCCUCGGCCACCACCAGGGCUGCCAGCAGUUCCCAUGGCCCUUUGACAAAGGUGCCGCCACCACCAGCAGGUUACAGUGCCACUGCCUCCUCCAUUUCAUCUUCCAGUGAUUGUCUGGCCAAAUCAUCUAGUCCAACGGCCAGUCGCCGUUUUUCGUCCAGCAUUACCUCAUUCAAUCCUUAUUCGUCCAGUGAUUAUAUCAAAUCACCCAGUAGUGAAUACCAUGCACCCAGCACCGAUCGCAUUAAGUCCUGUAGCACGACAUCCUACGAUGUACAAUCGACAACGAGUGCCACGCCAAAUAUAACCACCACCAACAGUAUGGCCAGCAAUUUCAGCUGUUCACCCUCACCGCCACCGCUCAAUCUGACACCGGUCAGUAACUGCAGUGCCACACUGGCCUGUUCAUCGUCGCAGCGGGCCCGUUCGUCAUCGCCCUCGCAGUACAACUCUUCGGAGGAGCUGGCCAUGAUAUUUGGCAUUGAAGACAAAUCGGGCGCCAAUCGUAUGCCACGCACUUCGAAACUACAAAAACACUCAGGUAACUCCCCUAAGGAGACCCCAUGUGUGCCAGAACCACUAACAGCUGCUGAUGCUGCUGCUGCAUCCCCCCUUGACCAUGUUGUAUGUACCGCUAAUGAAUGCCGCUGCUCUUCUACUUCUUCUUCCACCAAUCCAACUAAUCCGAAUGAAUGUUGUUUGUUAACCCUAAAUAACCGAUCAUCAAACUCACCAACAUCAACCACUAAUACCAAUGCCAGUAGUCCAUCAGCAUCUGCUGCAUCCAGUGCAUCAUCCAUGUCUAGAUUAGAAACCAUUCCCGAACAGAAUGUCGGGCACUUUAAACUUUCGCCCAACUUCAAUAGAAUCUAUGCUAGCCGUGUAAAUAUUUUGGUAGACAGAAAUACCGAGGAUGCCAAAAUGACUCAGUGUGAUUCAUUGAGUUCCUUGGAGGAGACCUCUUCCAAUCCGGAUUCAGGAAAUGUUAGUUUGGCAGAUUUUCCCUUGAGUGGCCAUACGGUUAGUUCAAAUAGUUUGCAAUUGAGUUCUUCGUUCAAUUCUAGGUUUGAGAUUAGAAAUUGUUUUAAGACAGAAAUUGCCAUAAAAACGGAGGGUGAAGACGAGGAGGAGGAGGAGGAAGAAGAAACUGAAGGAGAGGAAGAUAAUCGAGAGGGUAUAAUUGAGAGAGAAGUAGUUAGGGAUAGGGAGCUCUCCGUCUCGGAAGAUGAAGAGCCGGAGUUUCCCCGGCUUCCAACCGAAGAGGAAUUGCUAGAAAGCUUACGAGAGUCCCAGUUAGAAUAUGAAAGCUCUAAUUCAGAGAUGGAAGAAUUUGAAUGUGUCAGAGAGGAUACGCUUUUUGGUCACAGGGCAUCAAUGCAGCUAUUUGAGGAGCGCAUGCAAUUGGCCAGUGCCGAAAUAAUGGCCGAAGUCAAGGCAUUGCAGGCCAGGAAAAACUUUGAGGAAGCCAAUAAGAUGUUCGAACAGGAAUUAUUAGAAAUAGAAGAAAAUGUUGAUUUAGAAGAGCAGGAAGCUUUAAAUGAAACACUUUGUGAGACUGAUUCCGUAGCCAAUGACAAAGGAGAAGUGUCCACCAUGUCUGACACAGUCAAGGAAAGCCUUGUGGAGACAAGCCCAUCCAAGACCCCCAGGAGAAAACGCAGCAUUAUCAUGGAAACUCCACAACUGGAAAUGAACAUCAUGGAAGAGAAAAUCAAUUAUGAAAUAAGUAUUAAAAAUGACACAGAGAGUUUGGAAUCACGAGAAUGCUUUGAGGAGAUUGUAAAGAAUUGUUGUGAUCUCGAAAAAGCUUUAAUUGAAGAUACACAGUUAAAUUAUGAGCUGAUUGUCCAUGAAGUUCCAAGCCUACAAGAUUUGGCCCAUAAUUGUUAUGAAAAAGCUCAGCAAGGCCUCCAUUUUGAGGAAAAUGAAAAUGUAGAGGAAAAUGGGGAAAAAGUGACGCCAGAACAUAUGCAAAGCUUUGAACAAAUAUUACAACCCAAGCAUGGUGAUGGCAAUUCUCUAUCCCCGACACCAGAAAAUAUCCAAUUGUGUGAGCAAAGACUGCAACCACACCAGGGAGGAGAUGAUGAUGUUCUACCCUCAACGCCUGAACAUAUGCAAAGCUUUGAACAAAGACUUCAAUCUCGCCAUGGUGAUGCUGAUGGAGUUCUACCCUCGACCAGCACCCAAUUGCAAAAACAGACUCAAAUGAAUAUUUUGGGCGAACAACGUGCCAAUGCGGUGAACGGCCUGACACUGUUGGAGCACAUUGUUGUUGCUUGUACAUUGGGUCUCAUAAACACGGAUGAUCUCUUUACACUGUUUUUGAUUAUAAUCGGCAUUAUUAUUGUUAUUGCCAUUGCCCUGUUUUAAUCUGGCAAUGCCAUGUAGAUUUUUGAGAAAACGAAACUGUUAUAGUUGGAAAUGUUUUUUUUAUUAUUUUGGCGUAGAAUAGACCAAGUGCACUUAUUUCACUUAAAGUUCUCACAAAGUGAAAGAGAGAGAUAAAGAGAGGAAAAGUUUGAAUUUUGCCUUGAAAAUUAAAAAAAAAACAACGAUAUUUUUGUUAUACAAUUUUAGUCUAAAAAAAUAUUUUAUAAUUUUUAUUAAUGAGUGCAAUGAUAUUAAAACAAUAAAAAUAUAUAUUUUUACAGUGUGCCACAAAAAUCUUGGUAAAUUUUACUCAAAACUUUCAUAGUAUUCCAAAUAAAUAUUUUUCUGUAUUUAAUUCCAUUUUUUUGACCAAGAUUUCUGUGAGCCACUAAAUAAUAUUUCAUUUACUAAUUUGUUUGAUAUUUAAAAAUAAAACAAAACCUACAUUUUUUAAUAUUAAAUAUAUUUUUUGUAUAUAGUUUAUGCAUAUUUUUUUGUUGCAUUUGUUUGUCAUUAUUUUUCUUAAUAUUUUUAUUUUUUUAUUUAAGUUUAGACUGCAACUUGUGCCAAUGAUUUUGUUUUAGUAAUAAUCUUUAAAUAUAACCAACA